ACAAGGUGAAACUGAAGUUUCCUUCGGUGUUGAAUUUUGCAACGAUUAUAUUAUCUAAAAAGGAGACACUUCUCAUUUAGUUCCUUAUGAGGUGAUAUUUAUUCAUCAGAGACAAUGUCAGAUAUUUUGUGCUCGUGGCUGAACCGUGAACUGAGGCUCUCUGAAACCGUAGACGCCAGGAACGUUUCCAAGGAUUUCUCAAAUGGUUACCUAUUCGGAGAGAUACUUCAUAAAUAUCAGAUGCAGGAGGAUUUUCAUAUGUUUCUGAAAAGCGAUUCCUCCAACGCCAAAACCAAUAACUUUUCUCGGCUUGAGCCAAGUUUUAAGCUUCUGGGGGUCAGCUUCAAUAAGAGCACAGCCCAAGAUCUGAUGAAGGAGAAGCACGGUGUCGCCACAAACCUUCUUUACCAGCUCUACGUCGCACUAGAAGAGAAGAAGCCUGCAGGAAUCAGCCGGGUGGUGAAGCUGCCCACCCUGCAGAAAAGGGAGUCUGAAAUCCACUCCAAUCAACGUCCUCCGGCGGUGUCAGCCAAAGCAGACCAGGGUCUUCCGGAAAUUACUCAGGAUAAUGAAGGUAAAGACCACCAACCGGAUGAUUUGUCUAAGGAGAUCCCACCUCUUCAACAAACGAAGCUACCCAAAAUCCAAGAUGAGAGAAAACUAGAAAAGAGCGAGAAGGGUGGUCUUCAGAAGUUCGAUGACUUGAUUCUGACCAAUACGAAGCUGCUAAAGCCACUGCACUCAAAUGCAGAUCUCAGGAAAAAAAGGAAGCAGGAGCAGCUCAGAGAAAAAGAAGUUCAGAUGGUCCAGGCUGAAAUAGCCAUAUUCGAGGAAAAACAGCACAAACUUGCUAAAUCUAGUUAUGUGACCUUGUCAAGCCCCAGUGACCAAUCCAUCCCUGUAGACUCUUCCCUUAGUGCCGUCAUACAGGAGGCCGAAGUCCCUGCAGAUAAACCAGAUAAAGUGGCAUUACAGUCCAAUACCAAGUACAUACAGGGCAUCCGGCAGCAGCUGAAGGAGAGCGCUGUGGCUCGAGAGGAGAGACAAAAACGAGUAGACAGAUUUCUGAUGGAGCAGUAUAAAGCGCGUGAAUCUCAGCAGGAGGCGCAGCUUGAAGAGCAAAUGGUGCGUCGUCUGACUCGCCAGACGCAGCAGGAGCAGCGUUUGGCUGAACAACUGAUGCAGAUACGGAGGCAGAAAGAGGUGAUUUUGGAGAAUCGCCUGUUCAGAGAGGAGCAGUACAGGCGUCAGAGAGAAAAGGAUUUUAGGGAAGCUCUGGACAAGGAGGCGGUUCUGGCUGAGCAUGCCAAAUUGGCUCGAGCAGAAGAGAUCGAAAAGGAGAUUGAAUUUUGCAAGAUGGUAGCUGCAGAGCGUGCUCUCGAAAAACACUUGAAGCACUACGGCAUCUGCUCAGAGAUUUUGGGACAGAUGGUGGACAUGGCAAUCACAGCCGGAGAAUAUCGCCAUAUCACAGAGAAUCUUGUUCCAGAGAAGAAGUAUAAAGAGUGGAAGGAACUGUUCAUUCAGGGUGUUCCCUUCUACGAGCCACAGGAAGACAUUGAGCCAGAGAUUGGAUUCUUGGCAGCAUUAAGCCCCUCGGAGGUUAAGAAAGAAGAGGUACUCAACAACCUGGAUUAUGAUGAAUACACUAAUAUGGUUGGUGUGUGGAUGUGGUCAAAGGAUAUAGAAGAAACAAAGUUACCACCGAGCUCCAACGACAUUCUCGCAUAUGCUAUCCAUCGAAUUAAAAAUAUUGCUCAUCCAACCGUUGUGGAACCGGCCACGACCACUCCUCUAUUUUCUAUCAAGUCCUGCAUCCAGGGCAAGGUUUGCCAAUGCAAGAGCAAAUGUAUGGCCAAGAUUGCUGAAGCGCAUGGCGUCACUGUGUUGUCGCCUGACACACUGGUUGAAGAGGCGCUGAGGUCUGUUAGAGAAGGAGAGAAGGCUGCAGAUCAGCAGGAGGAGAAGGAGAACGAGCCGUUCUCUAAAUCCCCCACACCAGUUCCGUCAGAGAGCGGUCGACUUUCACUGGACGAUAUUUCACGGUGGUAUUCUAGCAAACUAGAAGAAAAAAGAGAAUGUGUUAACAAAAUGGCCUCGAUUGCAGCGUCAGUAGAAAGGGAGCUGAGGAAAGGAAAUGCCAUUCCAAAUGAGCUGAUAGUGGACAUUUUAGUUGAAGCAAUCAGUCAGGUUCCAGCUCAGACAGGUUGGAUCCUGGAUGGCUUUCCAAGUAACAUCACUCAAGCCCAAUUGCUGGAGAAAGCUUUGGGUGGGUUUGUGGAAGAAGAACAGAGCACUGAAGUCAACACAUUUGAACUUGUUCCUAAUCCAGAGCACCUCAAACCACCAACACCUACUCUGCCUGUGCUGGACGUGGCUCUUCUGCUGGAUAUAUCUGAUGAGUGUGUGAUUAGAAGGGCAUCCUCUGGUAAAGAUGCUGCUGCUGCUGCUACCGCAGUACCCUCCCAGCCAGCAGCCACCAUCAGGUGGUCUCCACACAUUACACACAGGAUUGCAGCUUUUCAGGAAACCUGGCCAGAGCUAGAGAAGUGGUAUGGUGAGAAGCAAAACAUUUUGGUUAAUGUCAACGCUGAUGUGGAAGAGGGGGAACUUUAUAGCAAAGUGGAGUCUGCCCUGUGUGAGGUUAUGAAAGAGCAAGAAGAAGCUCCUGCUGAAGAGGAAAUCCCAAAAGGUCUGGAAACAAGAAGGAGUUCUAGAGCCAUGAGGCGGGGAAGAGACUCCAGUGCUGGGUUUCAUUCUGCUGAAGAUGGUGUGUUAGAUUACCUACCAAGAAGGAGAUCCAGCUCCAUCUUUAAGGCAAAGCAAGUCGCCGUUGAUCUUGGUGAAGAUAUGUCGGACAGCACAAGAAGCAUAGAGAGAAGGAGUUCUACAAGGUCCCUCUCCAGCCUCAGGAGGGGAAAAGACACAAGGUUUUCUGACACUGUGUUAUCGUCCACUGGGUCUAUUGACGGACUCAACGACAGCACCCAACCGCCAGGAUCAUUCGCAUUAAAUCCGCUCUACGUAAAUGAGCCUUUGUCUCCACAAGUACCUGAGUACCUGUGUUCACACUGGAAAGAUGUCUGUCAAUCUUAUGUAAACGGCAUAAAGCAUGUAAUGCAGCAGCUGCGUUUACAGCUCACUCUUAUUGAUCGCCACCUCUUCAAAAUCAGAGAAAGAUACAACCACUUUCUGACUUGCCCUGACUUGAAGCAGGAGUUAGUUUCUCAGUGGCAGAAGGUCUUCAACAGCGUACCAGACGACAUGAGAGAAGACGAGGAGACCAAAGCGGAGCUUCAUCUGAGGCUGGAUGAGCUGCAGGAACGCCUGUGGGACAUUACCGACAAGCGUAAAGAAGAAGACAAGCAGGAGAGGUCGGCUUUCAUGUAUGAUGGAUGGCUGGAGGAGCAAUCAGCGUUGCUCAUCAACCACUACUCUAUGAUAAUACAGACAGAAAUGAACCGUUUCCGUGAAACACUCUGUACCCUGGAGGUCUACUACUGGGGCAUGAACAGACAAAUACCACUUAGGAUAUCUCCCAAAGAUUUCACUAUCACACUGCUGAAAGAAACUGGAGCUGAAGAUCAGGACAACACUAUGGAGCCAGUGAGCAGUGGUGUGAAGGACCAGGCAAGCGAUAAAAAACUACCCCCUGACCCCACGAAGUCUUCCUCUAAGCUGAUAGAGAAUUUAUUUCGGGGGAAACUUUUAAGAGACUAUGAAGAGGCUCUUCAAGCUAUUCAAACUAUCAAGGACAUGGUGUCAGUAGAAUUCCAGCAGAGAGAGGCAGAAGUGCCGGAAGAGGUCGCAGAAGAAAAAGAGACCGUAUCAAAGAAGACAAGUCCAAAAAGUUCUAAAAAGGAAAAGCAGUCACAAAAAAAGCAAGCAGCAUUACCUCCACCAGUAGUGGAGAUUCCACCCCCAAAACCUCCAGAAAAAACUCAAGAACAAGAAUUGAGAGAGAAAAUAUAUAAAGAAUUUACAGCUGCUGUGACUCAUGAGGAAAAUUCAAUCAAGGUUCGUCUUGAGCUGGUGAAAGACCGCGGCCUGGCGAUGGUCAACUCCCUGGAAAACAAAGUGCAUGAGACUUUUAACAAAAUGGAGAAGCAGUUUGAAUCAUUCUAUCUGUCGGAAAUGGAGUGUAUUGACCAGCUUGGAGAAGUGGUUCGCCACCACAUAGAGGCUUCCAGUAAGCUGCAGUACGAGCUGGUGAUGGAAGACCGUGACUUCUAUUUGAACGGAGACUGUCUGUUGGUUCCGGGUGUGGUUCUCCCCCCGCGUCCACCUCCUGUGGAGAGACCAAAUCGGUCCAUACUGACGGUUGCUCAGUUGGAAUCACUCUUCAAUCAUCUGUUCAACAUGGCUCCAUCAGGCUUUAUGUCCAGCUCUGACUUCUUUUAUUUUUUCCAAGAUUUGGUCUCUAACAGCUCAGGCAGGAGCAUCGUGCCUGAGGCCUGGACAGAUAUGAUUGAAAUGCAGCUGUUAGAGAUCAAUUUUUUGCUAACUGAUGAAUGUGAGCUGAUCGACUGGCGGCGCUUUCUGCUCAGCGCUACUCUGCCGUGGCCGCUUCCCUCUCUGUCACAGCUGCUGUAUUUGCUGAAACAAUAUAAGGAAGCAGAUAUUGAUGACACUGGAUAUAUAAACGAGGAACAGUACCUACAGAUAAAGUUGUGGUUUUCUGGUCAGAGCGUCCAGAAGGUCCCUGAGGACCCUUUAGAGCCUCUCCCCUACGACCGUUCACGCAACCUGCAGAAGUUCUUUUUCCAGAUGUUUGCAGACCAUUCCUUCUCUCCUCCUCUGCUGGAUUAUCUGUCCAUGCUGCAGUACUUUGCAGCCAGCCCAAUCCCCAAACAGGGUUUUAUCAGAGCACUUAGUGUAGUGUUGGGGAAACAUCUCCAGCAGCCUCUACUGAGCCUUCUUGUAAAUUCUCUGCCGGGCACGGAAGAAACCGUAGAGCCCACAACCUUCAGGUUCACCGAAGACUACAAAGAGGAGGAUGCUCUGUUUUCGUCUUGCAGUUUUUUUAAGGACGAGGAAGUUCCCAUUUCUGCUCUGCUUAAUGUCGCCUGCCACAAACUCACCAAGAUGGGGGGCAUCGCCCUUCCUGCAGGGAGCAUGACUUACGAACAACACAGACAGAAUCUUGAGAAUGUGUACACUGAGAUGGGAUACGAAUGCAAUGAGUCGGUCCCAUUCUCUGUUAUUUGUAAGCAUCCAUACACCCAAAUGCUGAUGGAAACUUCAACAAACUUCCAGCUCAUUAAUAUUCUGAAUACUACUGUCCCAUCACGAUGAAAGGGAAUUCGAGCCGUUUUUGUUUAAUCUUUACUUUGUUGUUAAAUAAACAGAAAAUGCAACCAUACCUUCGCUGACUGAAGUGGUUUAAACUGAACUGAAAUUUGGGAUUACGUCAUGUUUGAAACGGCAAUCACCUCAGUGACGGCAGGAAUGACCUCCUUAGCUUGCCCUUUCUCUCCGUCACGCACUCCUGCAGUUCUUCUGAGCGACUUGUUUUUCUAAUGGCCUGCCUAACAGAAGCAGCAUCCUUUGUGCUUACAAUGAGAGCAUUGUCCAGGAUAACCUGCAUGCCAAGCUUCUCUGGCUACGACCGGCCAAAGCACAUUCAACUCCCAACAGAGUUCAUUCUGCAGAGCUUCUUAUUGGUUUAGAAAAAGGACAUUUACCUAUUUGUUUAUGGUUUACUCCCAAGGAGAAGGACUUUGUAGGUUUUUUAAGAAGGUAGUAAAGAAUAUGUUUGUAGGCUUUUUGAAGGUAUUUUGUGUCUAUUUGAAAAAGUCUUCUAAACUCCAGUGAUGAUCCAGUUCUGUGUCUAAAUCAACUGAGAAAAAAACUGCAUGCUUGAGGUUUAAUGUAUUUUCUAACAUUUAUUUAGCUUUGUGCAUUUAUCUGUCGGACAAAAAACAUCAGCAAGUCACUGUGUUUGUUUAAACAUUCACUAUAACUUUAACGGCUUGUCUCUGGUUCCAUUUUCAUUUUUUUUGUCCUCUUCUUUAAUGUGUUCAUUACAUUUACAUGCCUGCAAAAGCAGCAACGCCGCUCUGUGCUGCUGAAAACAGAGCUGUGUGAAAUUAUGCGAUCCCUUACAGAUUUCUUUGGUUUUUGAUUUUUGUAGAAAGUUAUUUUAUUUUCAUUUAUUUUUCAUUCUUAUUUUAGGCAUAGGAUUUAUCUUGUUAGGAUUUCCUUUUCCCUCUUGUGUCAUCCUUAUUUCCCUCAGUCUCCUGUUCACUCCACUUCUCCAGCUGCUGGUUAUUUACCUCAUCCCCGCCGCCUUCCCAGCUGCAGCAAGUUUCCCUAAUGACUCCCUCCUCUGUAUAUUUACCUUCCAGACUCAUUGCUCUCCACUGGUUCCCCCAUUAAUCUGCUUCUUUCUGUUGCACCUUCUUGCCUUUCAGCCAUAUCUCUAGUUGCCCACUGGUUCUCAGUUCAGUUUUUUUGACAAAAAGACUUGCGCUCCAGACCAUCACAUGCUGCUAAUAACAGCAUGGGGAUUGCUUUUUGGACGAUCUUUCUUCUGGCUCUUCCUCUGCUUCACUCUGCCAACAUCCUGACGGUCUGUCUGAUUGGAGGAAGUCACUUCUUGUUGUUGGAUGAAAUUCCUCAUACCUUGCAUCAGCAAGGUCAGGAGGUUCGCAUGUUCUUGCAACUUGGUAACCCAGUUAUCACAGACUUUUCCUACGCUGCUCGUGUAGAUAGUUACAAGAGAAGCACAUGGUCAUUAGGAGAAAAGUACAUAAAAGAAUAUAACGACUGGUUUCUGGAGCGACACAGUUUUUACUUGAAAGGGAGAACUUUAAUGACUUUCUAAACUUAAUGGCUCAUCUGUCCUUCCAGUGUGAAAUGCUGUUGGAGGAGGAAAAGGUAAUACAUUUCCUCCAGUGGGAGCGUUAUGAUGUUGCCAUCUGUGAUGCUUUUAACCCAUGUUCCUUCAUCCUGGCAUGCAGACUCUGUAAUUCACUUGUUUCUAUUACUUAAUCAUGUAUUGUAAUCAAAGUGUUAAAGCAUGCAGUUUAAGCCAGAUAUUGGUUUUAAUAUUAAAUAUUUCAUCUCAAUAUUUAAUAUUAAAUUGAACCAAACUUUUCCUGUUUUGGGUCAGUUGAUUACAAGAAUUAUUUCAAUUUCCCAAAGGUCAGAAUAAUCAAGAACUUUUCAUUACUUUUAAACUUUGUAACUUGUGUAACUUUGUAACAGUGGGUGGAGCACAUUGUGAACAGCUGGGGUGGCGCUCACCUAAGGCCAGCUUCACUAACACAGCCAUGGUACCAGAGAUACAUGUUAGAUUUGAUGGUUCUCCUCUGUUUGGGAUUCCUUGCACCUCUAAUUCUCGGCUGGGUUUUGUGCAGGAACAAAAACAACAAGAAAAAACACAAAAAAGAACAAUAGAGGUGUCAAAGUUGUUGUCCUGAACACUUUGGUUCCACAUCUCUGUUCUAUUUUAGUAAAAACACCUUCCUCUGUUCAUGUUGCUCAGAUUAUGCUUAAUAAACCAUAGUUGCUGC